CUUUACAAAGAGACUAUUUCUUCGGAAUGCGGAAGUUAACGUAAAUUGCGUUUCAGAAUACAGGGACUGUCAGUUUAUGUUAGUCCGUCCGUAUUGUAUAUAGGUUACGGGAGACGGUCGAGGUGCGUUAACCUUGCGCGCAGCGGUAGCAAAGCAUAAAUGUCUGUGAAGCAUGCCCAGCCCAACCUCAGCCAGUCUCAAGCAUCUGAGUUGGUGAAGAGGCUGUAUGGGCUGACGACGUCAGAAGUUCGCUCGCUGCCCAGCUACGAUGACCAGAACUUCUAUGUGGCCGCUGAGGGCGGCGAGUACGUCCUGAAGAUCAUGAACACGGAGGACAGUAAGAAGCCGGACCUGAUUGAGCUGCAGACAUAUGCCAUGUCCUUCCUCCACAAAAAUGGACUCCCUGCUCAGACAGCCUUGCCCAACACCUCGGGACAGCUCAUGACUCUGGAAGAAAUCGACUGUGGUUAUGGCUGUCAGAAGUACCUGGUGCGGUUGUUGACUUAUUUACCUGGGACCACCAUUUCCAAGACUCCCUUAACGCCUCAGUUACUGUUUGAAGCUGGUAAGACAGCAGCUAAAAUGGACAAAACCCUUGAAAAGAUGGACCACCCUAAUCUAAGACUUCUCGAGAGGGAGAACUUCAUAUGGAGCCUGUCCAGUGUUGCCCUCUUGGAUGCGUACAUUCAUGCGUUGGAUGGAGAUCCGCUUCAGGAGCUUAUAAAAUCCGUGAUUCGUCAGUACGAGACCUAUGUGGUUCCCAGACGCUCCAAUUUCCGCAAGUGCAUAAACCACGGCGACUUCAAUGACCUCAACGUGCUCGUCCAGCCCGACGAGAGCGGCGGCUACAGGAUUACUGGCAUCCUUGACUUUGGCGACAUGAACAGUGGCUACUACAUCCACGAGCUCGCCAUCACUAUCAUGUACAUGAUGACGGAGCACCCCGAACCCGUCGAGGUGGGUGGACCUGUCCUCGCGGGCUGGGAAAGUGUCCUCCCUCUCAAUGAGGUGGAGAGAGAUUGCCUCUACCUGCUGGUGAUGUCGCGUUUCUGCCAGUCCUUGGUUAUAGCUCGUUACACGGUCACCUUGCACCCAGAAAACGCAGAGUAUCUGAUGAUAUCAUCCAGGAGGGGUGUAGCCAUUUUCAGUCAACUCUUGGAGCUGGGAAAGGAGCGGGUGGAGAAAUUGUGGUUUGAGAGUGCUGCUCAGUUCGGUGGCAGCAAGUGAGAAACAUUUCAGGAAAGCCAUUCAGAAGUAGGGUUCUUCGACUGAGCUGCUAUUCAUUCAAAUUAAGUGGGAUUUAAAAAUCAAGAGGUACCAAUAUUAGAAUUGAAUUCAAUGUGAAAGCAAUACACUAAUUAUCCUGCCACUUCAAACUUUGAUCGACUGAUUGAUUCAGACACAUCGUAGGAACAGUGUUAUGUGUCUGGAUUUAGAAUGGGUAAAAUGGAUACUGCAUGAACAAUGAAGAACCAAAGUAGUCAUCAAAAUAUCAGGUUUAGAAUAUGAAGGCAUAUUCUUCUUAAUAAGUGCCUCAAUCAUCAGGGUUUAUACACGUCGGUGGACUCACCAAGGUGCUCAUCUGAACAAGACUAGGAAACAUUUUUACUUUGCAUCUGUUGUGUGCAGAGAAGCUUUUUUUUUUCUCGCAUUAUAUACAAAAAUCACAUCUAUUUACUCGUCUGUGUUCUUAUGGUGUAUUUAGACACAUGGAUUUUGGUGCAAAAUGUUCACAAUGUAAACUGUGGACCAUUUGAAUUCAACCUGUUUACAGUUUUACAUUACCAAGCUGCAAAGCUCCACAAUUUAAUAAAGUAAAAAUUAACAUUUGAGGGACCACCGGUCACGCAGAACAGCAAUGAUUAACAAGUAUCUGAAAAUUUAUUUAAUUUGUUUUUUUGUUUUUUUUGCAUAGGUAGCAGUAAAUGAAGAAUGUGUGUUUGUCACCUUUACUCUCCUAACCGGAAAACAUUGGUAAAGUGCAACAUAUAUUAAACAUAAUCCAGAUGUGAAAGUUAUGUCUUCAUAUUUUUUACUUGAAUACAAACUGGUGUGCAGCUAAAAUAACAUUUCCUCAUCAUCAGUGAAAAGACGACAAAAACAAAAGUGGAGUAGCCUUGAAACUAGUGAAGAUUUCCAUCAAAAGUUACAUAAGUGCUGUUCACAUGUUUAUCAGUAUGUUGCCUUACAGUGGGAUGCAAAGGUGGUUCAGGUCACAGCCAUAAAGGGGGUGGGUCACAGUUUGUACCAGUGAUCUUGUCUUAAUAAGCCCACUUUCUCAGAUCUGCAACACUACUGCUCGGAUUGUCGGGCAUACAAGAGUCAACAUUCAAAAUGCGUUUUUGAUGCAUUAACUGAAUACAAAUGCUUUGUCCUAUGUUGUCAGCAUGGAUAACGUUUGUAUCGAAAUAUACAGUUUUAGUCUUACUUGACUGUGUAUUAUAUCAAGAAAUUAGAUACACUUUGUCUUUAAACAAGUGUGUCGGCCCCAGCUUACACAGAAACACAAUGAAACACUGACAUAUCAGUGCAAUAAUCUCCAAAACAACAGCAUUGUAGAAAUCAUGCAGCCAUAACAUGAACUUUUUAGAAAAUCAUGAACUGGAACAUUUUUUUUGUUUGUUUCUUUUUUUUUUCCCCAGGUCUUGUCUUUGCGAUGCCCCUUUGAGCAUCUUUAUCUGUAAUCUGGUGAAUUAUUAAUUUGCAUGAUCUUCGACCUCGUUGUAAAAUAAAUCUUUGCGGUUACUGCACUUGUAAAACAAAACUCCUCUCUAUGCAAAAAUAAAAAGAAGAACUCCUCUCA